AUGGCUCGGAAGCCCGUCAUCGCUGUGGCCGGCCUCGCCUGCGAGACAUCAACGUUCAGCCCGUCACGAACCUCGGCUCCGGCAUUUCACCCCCAACGAGGCGACGAGAUCAUCCAGCGCUAUGCGUUUCUCCAUCAUGAUCAGCCAGUGGGCCGCGGUGCCCUUUGGAAAGGCGCUCUCAUCGGUCACGCGCUCCCUGGCGGCAUGGUGACGCGCGAAGCGUACGAGACGCUUUCCAAAGAGAUUGUUCAGCGUCUGGAGGACCUUAUUCAAGAGCAGCCAAUCGACGGCUUAUGGUUUGACAUUCACGGUGCCAUGUGCGUCGAGGCCCUCGACGACGCCGAGGCCGACCUCCUCAGCCGCAUCCGCGCCGUUAUUGGACCCGACGUCAUCGUCUCGGCGUCCAUGGACCUCCACGGCAACGUCUCGCGCGAGCUGGCGCACAUGUGUGACCUCAUCACAUGCUACCGCAUGGCGCCCCACGAAGAUACGAUGGACACCAAGGAGCGCGCGUGCCGCAACCUCGUCAACACCCUCGCCCGGUCCUCGCCCAGUCCGCGGCCGCACAAGGCGUGGAUCCCCAUCCCAAUCCUGCUUCCCGGCGAGCAGACGUCGACGCGCAUGGAGCCCGCCAAGCACAUUUACGCGGCCGUUCCUGGCGUCGAGGCGCUCGACGGCGUGCUCGACGCCGCCGUCUGGGUUGGCUACGCGUGGGCCGACGAGCCGCGCAACCGCGCCGUCGUCGUGGUCACGGGGUGGGACGAGGCGGCCGUGUCGCGCGGCGCCGAGACGCUGGCGAAUCUGUUCUGGGAUGCGCGUGCCGAUUUCAAGUUUGUCGCGCCGACGGGCACGUUUGCCGCGUGUCUCGACGCCGCCGUCAAGUCGCCCGCCGCCGACCGCCCGUUCUUUAUAUCGGACUCUGGCGACAACCCGACGGCCGGCGGCUCCGGGGACGUGACAUGGGGACUUACCAAGCUUCUCGCCCGCCCCGAGUUCAGGUCGCUCGAUGCGGGCUACACGGUCAUUUACGCAAGCGUGCCCGGCCCGGCGGCCAUUGCCGUGGCCGUGGCCGCCGGUGUCGGCGCCAACGUCACCGUCACCGCCGGCGCCGAGGUGGACAACCUGCACGCGCCGCCGCUGACCAUGACGGGGCGCGUGCACGCGAUCAAGCAUGGUGACAAGGAUGCCGAGACGGAGGUGGUGCUGCGCGUGGGCUGCGUGUAUGCCAUCCUGACCAAGCUGCGCAAGCCGUACCACAAGGAAAAGGACUUUACAGACCUCAAUCUAGACCCGCGGUCGGCGGAUAUUGUCAUUGUCAAGAUUGGCUACCUGGAGCCGGAGCUGUACGACAUGGCCAAGGGCUGGAUGCUGGGACUGACGCCGGGCGGUGUCGACCAGGACCUGGAGCGACUGGGACACCGCAGGAUACGGCGGCCCAUGUGGCCGUUUGACAAGGUCUUUGAACAUGUUCCGAAUCUGAGCACCAGAUGGAUCGCCAAGUCGAAUAAGCCGCUCUCGGGCGCAGAUGAGUAA